GCAUUAAUUUAGUUUUAGUUGCACCUUGUAUAUCGAAAUUUAAAAUUGCGACAUUUGAUGACCAUGUAUAAGAAUUAUUCUUAAAUUUGAACAAGGAAAACUGUUCUCUGCCUACGCUGUUUGAAAAGUUCUUGUGAUAAUUACACUCUUAUUAUUUAUUUAUUUUCUUUUAAAGGGUUGAAAACGUGCAAUAUGAUUUGAAAAUUAAGGUUCACAAAUAUUUAUGUUCCAAUUUCCAAUACGACGCAUGACGGAAGGACCUAUUCCAAAACAGUAUAUCCGAAAUAGAAACCACAACAAGAACAAACCAUUCUAGACUAGACUAAACUUGUCAAAACUUUUGAGUUUUACAGUUUUGGCUAACCUAACUUUCCACUUUCCACCUUUGUAGUUCUGAAAGUAUCUACGUCCCUCACCUGUGCUUUUCGCUAAAUGUAAACAGAAAUAAGACGUGUUGAAAUGACGGAUCAAAUAAUUUCGGAAUUAGAAAAUGCUGCGGGGGUCAUAAUGGCACCCCCAAACGUUGUCACAAAUGAACAAAGGCAUGCAGCUGAAAGCAUUUUCUUAGAUUUUAGGAAGAGCAAAUCACCUUAUUCAAUAUGCAGGGAGAUUCUUGAAAAAUCCCAAAACCAUUUUGUCAUGUUCGAAGCUGCGGAAAUAUUAAAAGUAGCCGUUAUUAGGGAAUGGUCUUUUCUCUUGGAAUCCGAUAAAGUUUCACUUAGACAGUAUCUAUUUCAAUAUAUCACUACUAGAGAAGUUCCCCCUUUUGUUAAAGAUCGUAUAUUACAAGUGUUAGCAAUCAUGGUCAAAAGAGCAAGUAUAGAUGACGGCGGAAAAGAACGAGCAAAUAUUUUACGUGAAGUUGAAAAUCUUAUUGUAAACGCUGAAUCAGACAAGAAAAUUUUGGGCUGUAAUAUCAUUACGAAUUUGAUGCAAGAGUAUGCAUCGACUGUUAAAUCGACAGACGUGGGCCUACCUUGGGAGGUCCACUUUAAGGCCAAAAAACAAUUUGAAACCACAGAUUUGAAAAGAAUAUUUCAGUUUUGUAUAUAUUUAUUAUCGGAAGCCGUUAAAACUGAUCCUCCAUAUUCUGAGUCAAUGAUGCUACUCAUGGGACAUUUGUUAAGGAUUACGGAACGAAUCUUAACAUGGGGUUAUGUUUCUCCAAUCCUUCCCAAAAGGUUAAUCGGCAUCUACGAAUCAGUUUACGAAUCUGACGCGGCCCCAGCUCUAAAACUAACAUCGUCAUGGUCUGAAAUCAUAUUCAAUCCUGGGCUUUUACCGAUGAUGUUCCAAAUGUAUUGGAAAGUGAGAGAUUUAGAGCAACUGGCUCAUCCUUCUUUGACUUGUUUGGUGCAGCUGGCAUCUUUGAGUGGCGGAAUAGUGUCCUCGGAUGAAACCAGGCAUAAGUACCUUCAUUCUUACAUAAUGACUCUCCUGAACCUUAUAUCAAAUGUGACUAUAAAGAGCAAGGAAUCUCUUGGUAUUUCAAAUAUAGUGAAAAAAUUGGUAAUAUUUUACAUACACGACAUACCGAAACUUCCGGACGGUGUCGUCGAUACGUUGUUGGAUGAGUUUACACGGUUGACGUGUCACUUUUGUGACGGGGCUGCUAUAGAGGAAAUGUCCGACGAAGACACCUAUUUCAGUGACGCCUUCGACAAUAUGCUAGAAGCCUGGUCUACGCUCGUCCAGGAAUUUGGCUCUCUAGAAAACAACUUGGUCGAGUGUUCCAAACGGAUCUUCAAUAAGUACGUUCAGUGUCACAUAGCUCCCCCGGACGGCUGCAGACAAAGCAACAACGGCGACGUUGAGGAUAUAGAGGACAACGAGGAUAAAGACAGAAUCCAUUACAAAGACCAACUGCAAACUAUAGGGAUGUUCGGAAGGGUAGUACCUGGCCACACCUUGCCGCUGCUGUUCAAGUUAUUGGAGGCGAGAAUAGAAAAACUGGUAGCGCAACUGGAGUCCAUGCACAACCGUGCGAUGAACAUAUCGGAAGCGGCGGCCUUAGACAACCUCUUCGAGGACAUCCACUGGAUUCUGCUAAUAUCUGGCCACGUUCUGUGCAUGGACAGCGACGGCGAAACGCCGAUGAUCCCCUCCGAAAUAAUGCAGUAUUCGAUCGAUCAGAACAAACGCAACGAGACCACCCUCGAAGCCACCAUGAAAGCCUUGAUAGCGGUGGAAUCGAAGGUGCACAUCCCGGAGAACUUCGAACAGUGUGAUCACGUGAUCAGGAUUGUUUUUAACGUAUUGAAAAUGUGUAUCGUGGAAGACUUCGCGGUUUCUAUCGCCGUUUCUCACUUUUUGAGUCCCGAGGUUGGUUCGACGCUGAUGUGGUUCUUGAAGAGGUGGUGCUUGUCCUAUCUGUUGCCCGUUGAAAAUUAUUAUCAGGAGUUAAGUCCGACGCUCAUCGGCUGUCUCGGCAAAGACACAGACUGUGCGAAACUGGUGGUAAGAUAUGUUAUAGCAAAGAUACAGUCCAAUCUGUAUUAUUUCCAAUCAGAACCUGUUCUUUUAAGGGACACCGUCGAUUUGUUCUGUGAUAUAGUCUGCGUUAAACAGAAAUCGACGCACAUCAUAAAAACGGAGAGCAUGAGAAACCUCAUCCGUCUACACGAGGAAAUGCAACCGGGCACCUUACCGCUCAACAUCCUCCGGGGCCUGUUCAAAGGCUUCGUCCUAGCCGGGGUGGCCCUGCAGAACCCCCAGGACAUGAACAGUUACUACGAAAUGAUCUUGACGCCAUUACAGCAACGUUUCAAGGGCCUGCUCGGCCAGGAGAACUUCACCAGGAUCUGCCACGAGGAGAAAAUCCAAAAAAUCGUCAUCGACUUACUCGAGUGCUUCAUAGGGAUCGCGAAGGGCUCCCAAAUGGCGAGCGUGGAGAUCCUAUUCCACUUCCUCGCCCCCAUGCUGAGCGAACUUCCCGUGUUUCUGACCGUUUACAACAACUACCAAAUCGUCGUACAGCUGAUCCUGGAAUUGUUCGGGCAAUGCGCCAAGUACAUGUUGUGCUAUCUGUCGCCCAUGGACAGCAAGAGGUUGUACGAGAGUUCCCUGGCCACCGUCCAAGCGUACGCCAAGUGUAACGCCGGACGGUUGUCUACGGAAGCGCUAUCCGAAGACAGCAGCUUCCAGGACUUGGCCUUGGUGCUCGACCUCCUCACUUUUAUAUUAUCUAAAGAUUGCAUAGAUUUGUGCGCCAACACUAACAACGAGGAGAUAAACGUGACGGCGUCCGACGUUUCCCUGUUCGGGUUGAAUUUCAUAAUGCCGCUCAUGACGUUGGACUUGCUGAAGUACCCCAGCUUAUGCGCCCAGUAUUACAGGCUUCUGGUUCUGAUAAACGACAUCUACCCGGAGAAAAUCUGCAACCUCCCGCCCGGUUUGCUGAGAACCCUCCUGCAGUCCAUAGAGUUAGGUCUAACGAAUUUCGGGUCGGACAUCGUUCAAGCUUGCUUGGACUUCAUACAAGGCAUGUCGACUUACGUAUUUAGGCACAAGCUGUUGAACGCACCGAUCGCUGAGGGCCUGAGGCCUUUCUUGAAGAUGCUCAUGGACCUAACGCUGUCCAAUCAGAUAAAUUCGGACUCGAUCAGUACGGCGAGUACCUGCAUUUACUCGUUGAUGUGCUGCUACCAGGAGGAUUACCAGAUCCUGGUGCAGAGUUUGAUACAUAUGCAGGGCGAUCCCAUGAUUGCCGAGAGGUUAGCGGCGGCUUUUACUAAUUUAACAUCGCUCGUUGCGAUGACGUGUGAACGGCAGCCUAAACUGCGGUUCAGGGAUAAUUUCGAGAAGUUCAUAGCGAACGUCCACGGGUUCCUGCUGGUGAAGUAGAUUUGUUGCUUUUCUCUGAGAGUUGUGAUUUUUGGGACGUGAGUAUUUAAUGGAAGGAGUAAGUCGUGCAACAGAUGAUAUUAUAAUUUUUUUAUCGGAUGAAAGUUUGAUUUUGCCGUACCGUCGUAUCAGGAGAUGGUACGGGCGUUCUUUAUCAUAUUAUGUUUUUAAGUGUUGAUAUAUGCAAUUUUAUGUGUGUUUUACUCCCUUUGUAUUUUUCUACAGAUUAUAAACAUUUAUUUAUAAAUUAUACUAGAUAUAUUUAAUUAAUUCUUCAAUUCUGUGUAUUUGAGGUGCGUUCGACGUAUUUCACCCGUCAAAACAUGUAAUUCUUUGUGCGGUAUAACAAAGUUAUAAGUAUCAGUAAAAAUUUCUUAAUUACUUUAUAAAAAAAUUGAGACUUGUUGGUAGCACUGAACAUGUCAUUUUUUAAGAUCGGAGGCUGUGAUUUUGCGACAAAUUUUCCUAUUUUCGAAGCAGCGACUCAUUGAAUUUUGUUUAUUUUUUUGUAAUUACGUAUUUUGGUGGGUGCAGUACGAACCGUCUGGGGUCACGUAUCGUGUAAAAUAUUCGCUAUAUUGUACCGCAGUUUUAAAAUGCCUGAUCAUCACUUGUCUAAAAUAUUGAUAUAAAAGUAUUUUUUAUAUUGAUCAACCAUUUUAUUGUAAAAGUAUUUAUUACGAAAUAAAGUG